AUGCGGGAGCGCAUCUGGGCGCCGCUGCUGCUGCCGCUGCUACUGCCGCCGCCACUGUGGGGCGGCCCCCCGGACAGCCCACGCUGGGAGCUGGAGCUGGAGCCCGGGCCUCUGCAGCCUUUCGACCUGCUCUACGCCAGCGGCGCGGCCGCCUACUACAGCGGAGACUACCGGCAAGCGGUGCGCGACUUGGAAGCGGCGCUGCGCAGCCACCGGCGCCUGCGGGAAAUCCGCACGCGCUGUGCCCGCCACUGCGCGGCGCGCCACCCGCUCGCGCCCCUCGGAGAGGGCCCUGGAGCCGAGCUGCCCCUUUUCCGCUCCUUGUUGGGGCGGGCGCGCUGUUAUCGCAGCUGUGAGACCCAGCACCUCGGGGGCCCCGCAUCCCGCCACCGCGUCAGCGAGGAUGUGCGCAGCGACUUCCAGCGCAGAGUGCCCUACAACUACCUGCAGCGGGCCUACAUCAAGCUUGACCAACUCGAAAAAGCAGUGGAAGCAGCUCACACAUUUUUCGUGGCAAACCCUGAGCACAUGGAAAUGCAACAGAACAUUGAGAAUUACAGAGCGACAGCUGGUGUUGAAGCAUUGCAACUGGUAGACAGAGAAGCCAAACCACACUUGGAGAGUUACAAUGCAGGAGUUAAACAUUAUGAGGCUGAUGACUUUGAGUUGGCUAUCAGGCAUUUCGAACAAGCCCUAAGAGAAUAUUUCGUUGAAGAUAUAGAAUGCCGGACUCUAUGUGAGGGGCCUCAGAGAUUUGAAGAAUAUGAGUAUUUAGGGUAUAAGGCUGGUCUGUAUGAAGCUAUUGCAGAUCACUACAUGCAGGUGCUUGUUUGUCAGCAUGAAUGUGUGAGGGAACUUGCCACCCGCCCUGGCCGCCUCUCACCCAUUGAGAAUUUUCUUCCUCUGCACUAUGAUUACCUACAGUUUGCCUACUAUCGAGUUGGUGAGUAUGUGAAAGCCCUGGAAUGUGCCAAAGCCUAUCUUCUGUGCCACCCAGAUGAUGAGGAUGUCCUAGACAACGUGGAUUACUAUGAGAGUCUGCUGGAUGACAGCAUUGACCCAGCAUCCAUUGAGGCCAGAGAGGAUUUAACAAUGUUUGUGAAACGUCAUAAGCUAGAAUCUGAGCUGAUAAAAUCAGCUGCAGAAGGUCUGGGGUUUUCAUACACUGAACCGAACUAUUGGAUCAGGUAUGGAGGACGACAGGAUGAGAAUCGGGUCCCUUCAGGAGUGAAUGUAGAGGGAGCAGAAGUUCACGGAUUGUCAAUGGGAAAAAAGUUAUCACCCAAGAUAGAUCGAGACCUAAGAGAAGGUGGUCCUCUGCUCUAUGAAAACAUCACAUUCGUCUACAACUCAGAGCAGCUGAAUGGGACUCAGCGGGUUCUCCUGGAUAACGUCUUGUCAGAAGAACAGUGCCGGGAGCUCCACAGUGUGGCCAGUGGAAUCAUGCUUGUUGGUGAUGGAUACAGAGGAAAAACUUCGCCCCAUACACCCAAUGAAAAGUUUGAAGGUGCAACUGUCCUGAAAGCGCUCAAAUCUGGUUAUGAAGGUCGAGUCCCACUGAAGAGUGCUCGUCUGUUUUAUGACAUCAGUGAAAAGGCUCGAAGGAUUGUAGAAUCUUAUUUUAUGCUGAACUCAACUCUGUAUUUUUCCUAUACACACAUGGUCUGCCGAACAGCCCUGUCUGGUCAGCAGGAUAGAAGAAAUGACCUCAGUCAUCCCAUCCAUGCUGACAACUGUUUGCUGGAUCCAGAGGCCAACGAAUGCUGGAAAGAGCCUCCUGCUUACACAUUUCGAGACUAUAGUGCUCUCCUAUAUAUGAAUGAUGACUUUGAAGGAGGAGAAUUCAUAUUCACCGAGAUGGAUGCUAAGACUGUGACUGCUUCUAUAAAACCAAAAUGUGGGCGCAUGAUCAGCUUCUCAUCUGGAGGAGAGAACCCUCAUGGGGUGAAGGCAGUCACCAAGGGAAAGAGGUGUGCUGUGGCUCUGUGGUUCACCUUGGACCCACUUUAUAGAGAAUUGGAGCGAAUACAGGCUGAUGAAGUGAUUGCAAUCCUGGAUCAAGAACAGCAAGGGAAGCAUGAACUGAAUAUCAACCCUAAAGAUGAGCUAUAA